GCAUCGCCAGUUCUCUCAUCUUGUGAAGCAAUGGCUCGUUCGAAAGCGUUUCUGUCGCCAUUUUUGGUCGCCAUGGCGAUCUUUUCGAGCAUCGGUGCAGAAGCAAAAAGGGAGUUUGUGGUUGGAGGCAGAGAGAGUUCAUGGCAAGUUCCAUCGUCUCCUUCGCAGCUCAAUCAGUGGGCUCAGAGCAACCGGUUCAAAGUUGGAGAUUUUCUGAUUUUCAAAUAUGAUAAAAAUGCCGAUUCGGUGCUGGAAGCGACGGAGGGGGAUUACGCGAGUUGCAGCACCGCGAAACCACUCAAAGAGUACAAAGACGGUGACACAAAGUUGAAACUGGAGCGCUCGGGACCAUACUACUUCAUCAGUGGAGCCGAGGGACAUUGCCAGAAGGGACAGAAGCUUGAGGUCGUGGUAAUGUCCGAAAAGCACUGGUCCAAGGGCGUCACGGCCACGCCGACAGAAGCGCCUGCUCCGGCGACGGAAGCCCCCUCUCCAGUGUCCCGUGCCAGCACCGCUGGUUCACGUGAUGGCUUUUGGAUUGUCUUGGUUGGGCUGGGAAGUUUGAUGGUGGGGCUGCUUAUGGCUUGAGAUAAAAAGUGUGUUUGGGAGAGAGAAUACAUCUAAGUCUUUACUGAGCUUGUGCGUUAUUUUGGGUAAUUACUUAGGUUACUAAAUAUUUCUAUACUGCAUGAUGGACCUUAGUAUUGUGAAUUUAAUGUAUGCUUCUCAUAUU